AUGUUGCCUGAUGGAAAUACAAAAACAAUUCUUCUCCUUUUAGCCGUUGUGAUCUUGACAUUGAGAGUAUGUCACGGGGGCAGGAUUUUGAUUGUUCCUUUAGAGGGAAGCCACUGGGUGAACAUGGAUAUCAUGGUUAAAGCUCUCCACUCUCAAGGACACUCUGUUGAUGUGGUACGAACCAAUCAAAGCUGGUACAUCAAGGAUGACUCUCCACACUACAAGACAAUCACAGUUCCUGUCGCUGAAGCUUUUAAUCAUGACUUUAUUAACCCGAUCCUGAAACAGAUCAUUAGCAUAGAACGGGGGGAGAGCUCUGUAAUGAGCUUUGCAAGUUUGCAGGUUGAGAUGUUUAGUGCGAUGUUUAACAUGCAUAGAAUAAUGUGCAAAAUGGCUACUGUUAUGUUUAAAGAUAAAGACUUGAUGAAUAGUUUAAAGGAGAGAAACUAUGACCUGGUCCUUACUGACCCGGCAUGGGGUGCAGGUAUAUUGUUGGCUCAUGCUUUAAAGCUACCUCUGGUCUAUAAUGUGCGGUGGAUAACUAGUGGAGAGGGACACUUGGCCAUUGCACCCUCUCCUUUAUCUUAUAUCCCAAUGACUGGCACAGGGCUGUCAGACAAAAUGAGUUUUAUACAGAGGGUCAAAAAUCUACUUUUCUAUCUCAUUUGGCAAGGUCAGAACGGAUUUUUAAUUGCCCCUCAGUAUCAAGCUGUUUGUCAUGAGUUCUUUGGCCCAGAUGUCAGAUACAAUGACUUAUUACAAGGAGCAGACCUGUGGCUCAUGAGAGCCGACUUUGUAUUUGAGUUUCCUCGACCCACAAUGCCUAAUGUUGUUUAUAUAGGAGGGUUUCAAUGUAAACCUUCCGAACCACUUCCUGAACACUUGGAGGAUUUUGUGCAGAGCUCUGGAGAACAUGGAGUCAUCCUCAUGUCUCUGGGGACUUUUGUAAACGAACUUCCUGCUGAUAUGACAAAUGAGAUCGCUGCAGCUUUUGCCAAAUUACCUCAGAAAGUCAUCUGGAGGCACAAAGGUGACAGACCAACCACUCUGGGAAACAACACUUUAGUAGUUGACUGGAUGCCACAGAAUGACCUCCUGGGACACCCAAAGAUUAAGCUAUUUGUAGCUCAUGGGGGAACAAAUGGUAUUCAAGAAGCUAUUUAUCACGGAGUCCCAGUUGUGGGUCUACCCGUGUUUUUUGACCAGUACGACAACCUGCUGAGGCUAAAAGAGAGAGGAGGGGCUAAGAUUCUUACAUUGGCCACAGUGGACAAAGGAAACAACUUCCUGGAGGCUGUACAGGAAGUCCUGAACAAGCCCUCCUAUAGGGCAAACAUGCAGAGACUCUCCCGGCUGCACAGAGAUCAGCCAAUGAAGCCACUGGACACCGCCCUCUUCUGGAUAGAGUUUGUCAUGAGACACAAAGGUGCAGCUCACCUGAGAACAGAGGCCUAUAGACUGCCCUGGUAUUCCUACUACUCUGUAGAUGUUGUUCUGUUUUUCCUGGCUACUGUUGCAGUGAUUACUUUUCUCCCCCUUGUAUUUUUCCUCUUGAUAAAUGCAAGACCAAGAAGAGGAGAGAAAAGAAAAACAAAUAAAAAAUGA